AUGGUCGGCAAAACCAUGUCCAUGGCGGUCACUUCGCGCGAAAAGCUGGCUAGUCUCCUCAAUACUGCAAAGUUGGCCAUAGACAUCCCCUCCAAGCUCGAAUCGUUGCGCCAACUGCGCCACGAACUUCCACCUGAAGACCCUGUCCUCCUCACCGAGUUCCUCCCCUCACUCUUCCUCUUCCACACAGAUCCCUUCGGCCCCGUGCGCAAAUUCGUCACCGAGAUGUUUGGUGAGAUUGGAUUGAAGAACACGGAGUUCUUGUCUGACAUUGUACCUGUGCUAAUUGAGGUAUUGGAUGACGACACACCGGCAGUGGUUCGACAAGCUCUACUGUGUGGAAUUCAGUUGUUUCGUGGCACACUUGAGAAAAUUGUAGUUCAGGGUCUAUAUUCAAGUGAUUUAGAUGGUGCACUUGAAUCUGCUUGGGAGUGGAUGCUAAAAUUCAAAGACAAAGUGUACUCAAUAGCUUUUCAACAUGGGAGUGGUGGUGCAAAGCUGCUGGCACUGAAGUUUGUUGAGGCACUUAUUCGUCUUUACACACCAGACCCCAGUGGUUCCCCAGAGCCCACUUCUCAUCAAGGAAAGCCUGUGGAAUUUAAUAUAUUGUGGCUCAGGCGAGGUCAUCCAGUACUUAAUAUUGGAGAUUUGAAAAUUGAAGCGAGCCAUCGUUUGGGUCUCUUGCUUGAUCAACUCAGAUUUCCAAAUGUGAAAUCCCUGAGUAACUCGGUGAUUAUUGUGCUGAUUAAAAGUCUUUCAGCAAUUGCAAAUGAAAGGCCUGCAUUCUAUGGCCGCAUCUUGCCAGUUUUGCUCAGUUUGGAACCUUCCAGUUCCGUUGUUAAUGGGGUAUGUGUAUCAGCUGCACAUCUGGCUUUGAAGAACGCCUUUCUUACUUGCUCAAAAUGUACACAUCCAAGUGCUGCUCCGCAUGUUUCAAGGUAUAGUUUGUCUCAUCAAAUCACGACAAGUCCUCUACAUUCAAGUUUCUUUUGUCAUUGUCCACCGUUGUCAUUUCCUUUGGGAAGGACUGAGUCUAGACCGUCUCACAACACAAUAGCUAACCCACUUGGUCAUCGAGCUCAAUCCUAUCUGUGUGAUCUUUGUUUGAUACUCCUAGUCACUAGACAACCAUGUGCCACAUUCUGCCCAUCAAAACACUGUUGUGCUUCCUCUAUAGUUGUUGCCAGUCCUCCUAGUCUCGGUUUGCUUUGCUCUUGGCACCUCAAAGUUGGCUCUAUUUUAUGGUUGUGA